AUGCCGUCACAGAAUGCCACAGGCAGCAGUACGCAAGCCCUGCGGGGCGCGUCGUUGUUGAUCCUGCUGCAGGUGGUCUCGCGAGCCAUCACUUUUGUGGCCAACCAGGUGUUGCUGCGCUUCCUGACGGCCCAGCUGCUCGGCGUGUCCACACAACUCGAAGUCUACUACCUGUCCGUCAUUUUCUUUGCCCGCGAAAGCUUGAGGGUCGCCAUCCAGAGACAAGACUCAUCGGAUCUUUCAUCAUCAACCGGGAAGGGGGGAAAUGGGCCGAGAAACAACAACAACACUUCGGCCCAGGCCGCAGUCAACCUGGGAUACCUCUCGAUUGCUCUCGGCAUACCCCUCGCAUUCCUGUUUGGGUGGCUCUACCUCAGCUCUCUCAGCGCCGACACUCUCGCAGCCGCGCCGAACCUGGUCAUCUCUCUCUACAUAUACGCCUUAGCCGCCGUUCUGGAAUUGCUAUCAGAACCCGCCUUCGUCGUGAUGCAGACCCGCCUGCAAUUCGGCACCCGUGCUACCGCCGAGUCCGCCGCCACCUUCCUGCGCUGCCUAGUCACUCUCGGGUCGGCAGUAUGGGGUGCCAGCGGUGACGCAGGCGUCCUCCCCUUUGCCCUAGGCCAGCUGAGCUACGGCGCGGGCUUGCUCGCCGUCUACACCUGGCACGGCGCAGGGCUCGCAAACCGGGAGGGCUUCUCCCUCCUCCCCCGGCGCAUCACCACCAACAGUCCCGCAAGCAACGACAACAAAGACCGCCUACCGAGCUUCACUCUCUCCUACUUCUACCGCCCAACCCUGCAGCUCGCCUCGAGCAUGAUGGCCCAGAGCGUGGUCAAGCACGUCCUCACGCAGGGCGACACCUUCCUCGUCAGCGUCCUGUCCUCGCCGACCGCCCAGGGCGUGUACGCCCUCGCCAACAAUUACGGCGGCCUGCUGGCCCGCCUCGUCUUCCAGCCCAUCGAGGAAAGCAGCCGCAGCUACUUUAGCCGUCUCCUCGCGCCUUCGUUGUCGUCCACCAACACCAUCAUGUCGAAAGAAACAACAACCAUAAAGGAAGCCCGCACCGCCCUCCAAUCCCUCCUCAAAUCCUACCUCCUCCUCACACUAGCCGUAACAACCCUCGGCCCGGCCGCAUCAGCUCCCUUACUCGCUCUCGUAGCGGGCCCCCGCUGGGCCGGCUCCGGUGCCGCCGCCUGUCUGGCUGCCUACACGUGGUAUGUCCCCCUGCUGGCCAUCAACGGCGUGGCCGAGGCGUUUGUUGCGUCGGUGGCGAGCGAGGGUGAGGUGCAUGCGCAGAGCGCCUGGAUGGCCGUCUUCUCGGUCGUGUUCGCGGGCACUGGGUUCACUUUGCUGAGGGUGCUGGACUGGGGCGCCGUCGGGUUGGUGGUGGCGAACGGGGUGAACAUGGCAUGUCGAAUCGUGUGGUGCGCCGUGUUUAUCAGGCGGUAUUUCGCGGCGAAGGGGGUCGGGUUUGAUUUGACGGAGGUGUUGCCCUCGCCAGGGUGCGUGUUGGCUGGGGCUUUGGUUUCACAGGUUGUGAAGCGUGCUGUGGCAUCUGUGGAAGCGCCAAUUGGAGCACCGAAGGCGGUGGAGGAGCUGGUCAAGCUGGCGGCAGUCGCGCUGCCAUUUGUGCUGGUAGUGGCUGCGUCCGAACGACGGUUUCUGUACAGCGCGUUCCACGCUGUCCGAGGGCAGCAGCAAAUGGAGCAGUAA